CUAAAACAGUGGCGGUAGAGCUCCAUCUGAUGGACGGUAUUUGCAACAGCAACGCGCCUCGGUUACAUUUUCAAGAAUUCAAGGGCGGCAUCGAGUGUAUCCCAUUUCGACACGUUUCUAACCCACUUUCGUCGCGUCACAGGAGGACAUAGUUACAGUGUAACUUUCUAAAGCAAACACUAGCGCAAAAGCUUAAACUUUAUUCAUCAACCGGUCGUCGACGGACUCGACUUUUAGGUACCCCCACCUCUUUAAAACCGUGUAAACAAAACUUCACUCUCGCUCCAAUAUCGUCGGGUUUGAUGUGGAAGCCUAAUUUUUCCCUAAAAUUCCCUGAUCGUUCCGUCUCUUGUAGGAUAAGCAACACGAUCUCCUCCUAACUCCAUUCUCUAUUUUUGUGCUUCCUUGUGCUGCCAAGCCCCUGACGUAAUGCUCCGUGUUAAUUAUUAGCAUGUGGGAAGUGAUGCCGAGACUCUCCUCUGCUGCUUAAACAAGAGCGACAGACUGCGGGGAGAAAAACCUCGUCAAGAUGGCCAAACACACUGACCCAGAGUGAAGGGACACCCGCUCCCCGUCCCGUCCUGUCCUGUCCCGCGAACAGCACCCAUGCAACUGCGCCUUUAGGUGGAUGAUGAAAGAGGUUUUCUGUUGAAAAUGCCAUCAAGAAUCAAGCUGGACAGUCACUGUAUGCUGAAGGAAAGCUGAGGAACGUUUCUAAACCUGGAGGGUUGGAGAGCUCUAGCACCAUCUCAAAGCUUCAAACAGGGAUUCCCUUCCGCCCAACGUCACACAAUACCACACAUUGGAUCAAAGGAGCAUAUAACACCUCAGAAAAGUAUUUGCUGUCAAACCUUAAGCCAAAAACGUAAACGCACGUGUCAGUUUUGGAUACAUCUCUAAGGUGAGACUCCACUGUCUGCAAGGAAUCACAUUCGGAAUCCAAAGAGUCGUGGACGUCUCUCUCCCUCUCGACAAACCCGAGUCUUGGUGCCCGUGCCUCCCCACUAGAUCAUGAUGUUUCGUGACCAAGUGGGAGUCCUCGCCAGCUGGUUUAAGGGAUGGAACGAAUGCGAGCAGACAGUGGCGUUAUUGUCGCUCCUCAAGCGCGUCAGUCGUACCCAAGCGCGCUUCCUGCAGCUCUGUCUGGAGCAUUCCUUGGCUGACUGCACCGAGCUGCAUGUCCUGGAAAGAGAAGCCAAUAACCCAGUUGUGAUUAGUCAGUGGCAGACCGAGCCUAAAGAGCGGGUCAUCUCUUUGGUUCUGAGCCAUCUGCCUCUCCUCAAACCGGGCAAUGCCGAGGCCAAAGUGGAAUACAUGAGUCUGCUACCCAAGAUCUUGGGGCACACUAUCGAACACGGGCGCCACCUGGAAGAAAGCCGUCAGCUUCUGUCCUACGCUCUCAUCCACCCCGCGACCUCUCUCGAUGACCGGGCGAAUCUCGCCUCUUGGCUCAACCACCUGGAGGAACGGGCGGCCGCCCGAGGAGCUGGAGACUCCUUGGAGCGGGCGCCUUCAUCUCAUCACGGGCAACCUCCGCAUCCUUACACCCACCACCAGCGCUUCGGCUCAGAUGACCGUCUUAACGGCUGGCAGAGCUCGAGAGACUCUGGACUUGGAAGUUGGCAGCAGCAGCCGCAGCAGGGUUGUGAAAACGGGCACCUUUCGCUGUACCCAUCAUCCUCUGUUCCAUCCACUAUCAACGCUGUAGGUACAGGCAGUGGGACCAACACAAUGCUGACGGGCGGGCAGCACAGUCCUCUGAGGCGUUCGGUGUCUCUGACCCCUCCGAUGAGCGGCGGAUCUAACCAGCCUCUGGGGCACGGCUGGCUCUCCCAGGAGGACCUGCGUCCCCGCGGGCCGGCCCCCGACCACGCCCCUCUCUCACCUCAGAGUAGCGUGGCAUCCUCGGGCAGCGGAGGCAGCGAGCAUCUGGACGAGCACGCUGCCGUCCGGAGUACAUUCCAUGAGGAGGGAAGCGGAAUGAGAGAUGUUCCGGCGUGGCUGAAGAGUCUACGACUCCACAAGUACGCCGGACUGUUUUCCACCAUGACCUAUGAUGAGAUGAUGUCCCUCACCGAGCAGCAGCUGGAAGCUCAGCACGUCACCAAAGGGGCACGACACAAGAUCAUCAUCAGUAUUCAGAAGCUGAAGGACAGACAGAACAUGCUGCGCUGCCUCGAGAAGGACAUAUUGGAGGGCGGGAAUCUACGUGCUCCUUUGCAGGAGCUCCAUCAGAUGAUCCAGACCCCCAUGAAGGCCUGCAGCACAGAAAAGACGUCACAGCGCCACCUGCUGAGCGCAGAAGGGAAGAUCACCAUCGCCAGUUCACAUCUGGGCGGAGGAGAGACCGAAGGCAGCUCUACGGUCAUAGCCGAGGGAAACAUACCCGCUCAGUUCACACGCGUCAUGGGCAAAGUUUGCACACAGCUCCUCGUCUCUGGAUCAGAUGAGGAGAACAUAAGUUCAUAUCUACAGCUUAUUGAUAAAUGCCUUAUCCAUGAGGCCUUCACGGAGACGCAGAAGAAAAGGUUGUUGUCAUGGAAACAGCAGGUGCAAGUGCAGUUCCGGUCAAUCUCACGGAAGACUCUGCUGGACCUGACAGGACCCAGACGAAGCAGCCGUUACGGCCAGUCCAACUCCCUCCCGACCACGGGCUGCGUGGGCAGCGGAGUUCCCACCCGAAGGAACCUGCGGCAAUAUCAAAUGCGGAACUUGUCUGGCAUGAGAACCCUUCUGGGCACCACUGGGCUGUUCGGACCAACCCCCCGGAGCAGCAGUAGCACACCUACCGGCCUGAAACAAGGAAGACAGGGUUUGUGGUUUGCCAACCCAGGGGGCAGCAACAGCAUGCCCAGCCGCACCCACAGCUCCGUUCAAAGGACUCGUUCGCUCCCCGUCCACACCAACCCACACACCCUGGCCAUGUUCCAGCAGGCAGAUAUGCAGGUGCCGGUGACUGAGCCCGACAUCAAUAACCGUUUGGAGUCUUUAUGUCGCAGUAUGACAGAACAUGCUCUCGGAGAUGGUGUCGAUCGAACUUCUACGAUCUGAAAAGAGGACGGAGAAGGACGACGGCAUGCCUGGCAGCAGGGGAAAAGGUCAUCGCGAGGUCACGAGCCCCUCUGUCUACACACCCCCCUCCCUCCCCCUCCACCUGCUCAUCUACCACCACAGCCAAUGGUAGAGGUGGCAUUCGGUCUGGGGCGUGGUCUACACAGUGCCAAUCACAUUUUUCGAAAGCAAGCUCAGUCACAAUGACUACUGUGUUUACAUUCGAUUUUGGGAGAAUUUUGAACAUCUCAAAAGCAGGAAAACCACAGAGGGUCUUUGUGUCGGCACGGCGGCCCUCCCUGAGACCGCUCGCAACGUUCAGGCCGCUGUCAGGGAAGAAAUCCAAACCAGCUCGCUGACAAGUUUUGUGUUGAGCGCCCAGAGGUUUAUACAAUGAAGUCACACAUAUUACGUAAUUAUAUGUUGUUUACACAUAAUGUUGUCGAGGAUAUCAGGACAGUCAUUUUUAUUUUUGUUCAGGUGCGAGCGUUCGACGUAAAAGCUUUAGUUUCCUACGUGGCUUCAUAGUUUACAAUAGUGUUGUUGUUGGUUUUUUGCAUUUUGUUUGUAGUUUUUCUUUCGUGCCAGCAGGAAAGCUGUUUUAGAGCACUAUCAAGACAGAGACGGGUAUGGUACUCCAAAGAAAAGGCAAGAGGGAAUGUGAGAGGUUGAGAGAUGGAGAAGAGGAUGGAGGCGAGUGGAUACGGGAAACAGGAAGUGCCGUAAGCGUAGGGGACUGGUGGUGUGAAGGGAGCGAGGAACGUCGCAGAUGGGUUCUGACGUAAAGAGCAGAGGUCGAGGGGAAAUCAGGAGGUCAUAGUUUGUCUCUGAAGUCAACAGAUAUGAGCAGAGAGGUUUGGUUACGUGUUUGGGAGAAAUGCCAGCAAAUGCAAGUAGAUGGAAAAGUUGAGGGCAGGUCAGAGAUGUGAGCAGACUUUAUUUUCUGCACUUAUUUCGAGGUCAAAUCGGUAAAUGGAGAUGAUAGCACUGUCUUAUUCAAGGCUUAAAGUAUUUCAGAUAAGUCUGUAAAUUCACAGCAGGAUAGAAAUGUUGAGUGAUGUAUAAAAGUUUCUACGUAGUACAGGAUUUAUAUUGGGAAAUCUCGACAUGUGGUACACUAUGUCUUUAUUGGACACUACAUAGACAUCAAUGUUGUUCUUUAUCGUCAGAGAACGUUACUGUAACAGAUUUGCAACACUAAUCCAGCAAUUAUUGGUCUGGAGCUCCACCUGGUGGUGAGACUAAUGCAUGGCACCUCUUCUGAAAUAGUUGGGACUACAGUUUUCUUCAGUAUUGUCUUAAUAUCAGCCAUUAGUUAACUAUGCCAGGUAUAACAUGUAGUUUGUUUACACUAAGAAAUGAGCUCCUAGGACAGCUUUCGACUCUAUACACGUAAAGAUCUGAUUUUCUGCAUGGAAAGGGUCUGAUUUUAAAAAGAAAAAGGUUUUUGCUACACUUGUUUUAAUCUGGGACAUUAACGUCCCUUUAUGAGGGUGAUUGUCGACGUUUCUUAUUUAGUUUUUCCUACAAUAACUUUUGCUUUUCUUGCCCUUGGUGCUGUAAAUCUAUGCUGAAGUCAUCAAAAGUGAAUUUGCAAUGUGCAAUAGACUUUCACAAGCAGCGCGGUGUGAUGCAUGAUGGGGGCGUGGUUUCAGAACAUGAAAUAACCCCGCCCCCAAUUAUUCCCUCAAACGCUACAUCGCCAAACCAGAGGACAUUUUCGCUCGGCUCUUUUGGAAAGGAUGCACCUGCCCACACCUCAAGUUUUUGUUUUUUUCUGCGCAUCCAAAGAAACCAGUAUUUUGACUGACUGAAUAUUCGUGCUCGAGCGCAGGGUUAAAGGCACUUUCACACACACACACACAGUGGUUUUAUCUAAAGACAAAAAGCAGGUGUCAAGGCACGUGUACACACACGGUAAAUGCGGCCUGACAGAAUGUCUCAUGUAUGCCAUUCAAAGACACUGUUUUAACCGAUACGUUGACUGCGCAGCGUGUCGACCAAUCGGCUUUUUGAGUUAUGAUUGGUUCGUCCAAUCCAGUGCUUUCAAAGUGCAUGAAAUGCCUUAAAUGGAUCGGUAGCCAAUGUUGCAUUAUAAAGCAUGUUAAAGGAUUGGCGUAUAGCGUUAGAAACCAUCGUGUGGCAUGUUGUGUAUUUGUACACUUGCGUCUUGUUUCGGGAGAUGCACAUUUGUGUAUGAAAAGCCACUCAUCACUGCCAUUUGAAUGAAAACAUUUAGCUGAUUCAAAUGAUUAUUUAUUCAUUUUUUUCUAUUAUUGAUGCAGAGGUUGUUGUAUUCUUUAGAUGUAUUAUUUAAGAAACCUUGUAUUAACUUUGCUAUGGCUGGUAACCAUAAGUACAUCUCAGAUAACCUAGUUAUUUUUUGACUUUUGUUUUUUCGACUUUAUCUCAAAUUCGUAUCUGAUAGUCAAAAGAAACUCGAGUUUCUUGUUAAUGUUUUGGGGUUUUUUGCGAUUGCAUAUAAAUGCUUAUAUUUUGCUAACCCUCUCCCUGGAUGGUGUACUUGUGUACUUUACAGAGAGUGUUUUUUUACUUUGUAAACAAAGAGCCAGUUUUGGGGGGAUUUUUCUUUUUUUUUCCCGUUUUUUUUUGUGAUAUUGCUGUUAUUUUGUUGCUGUUUUGAAAAACUUCACUUGAUGUGUGACCACCUCAGCUGUUACAUUUAUAUUAAAUGCCAAAAUGUAUCCAGUCCCAGAUCUUAAAAAGAAUGCUGCUCUUAUUUGGCUGUUAAAGUAUGAUGCUUAUUCAGCUCCAAAACUGACAGCCAAAAGUCCCAAAAUGUGUUCACGUCUAGAUCUGUUUCAAAUACGUCUCGUGUGAAUGAGCUUCUGUGCUAUUCAGUCCGGUUGCAUUGGACUGCAACCAUGCAGCAAAAAUAAUAGAUGCUGUAACAGUGUUAACAUAUACAUGCUACCUUGAUAUUCCAAAAAAAAUGAAAGUAGAUGUUAGCGAUGAUGAAGCCUUUAUCGGUAGAUUGUUUUGUAAUAGGCUCUGCACAUUGGCAUAUUGGAGCAUAUCCGAUGCUGAUCGAUUUUAUUUUUUUAUUUCGUUUUUUGUUUGUUUCUUAUACAUGCAUCUAUACUGUAACAAGUGUCUUUUUUGCUUUACUUUUUGUUUUCAUUUUGUUACUUUCGAGAGCCGAUGUCCUGUAUUGACUGCAGGCUGACGUACAUAUACAAAUAUUAAAUAUAUAUAUUUUAAAACAAUCAUAUGAAAAAAAAGUGAAAAUAGAAAAAAGAACAAAAAAAUGUUAAUUUAUAUUUUAGAGAUGCAUGCAAGAGGCUGGGAAGUCGUAUCUAAAAUAUCUAGAAUAACUGGCAGUGCCUUUUUUUGUAUUCAGACAUUACCCCAAAUGUAAAUAGUUUUAUAUGGCUCUAAAAUAUAAAGAGAAGCAAGACGCAUUGAUGGUCGAAACAUCAGAACAUACAAAGUCCAUACUGAGCUGAUUUUAAAGUGCCUGCACCCAUCCGUCUGGAUAAAAGAAGUCGGAGGGAGUGUACUGAUGGUUCAUGGGAAUCUGUAUGCUUUAGGUACUCUCAGUGCUGAUAUGAAGUUAUGAAUUUACUUGUCUGUACAACACACAGAUUUUUGUUUUCUAUGUGUGUGAAUGUGACACUGUGUAUCCAGGUGAGGAAGAAACCGGAUUUUUUUGUAAUUUUGUAGAUAUCCUUGUAGAAAACGGUGCAACAUGGCAUGAUUUCUUUUAUAAACAGCAGUUUUUUUUACUUCCUGUUGUAUGAUACCCAAGGGAAGGAGUCACAGCUUAUGUUACAGCUUUCUGCUCGUUUAUUACAGAUCUGGUUCAAUUUACAAAUGCUUUCACUCAAAAAAGUUCACUUUAGUCAAAAAUGGAAGGAUCUCUGUAAUAUCCUUUUAUCUUUGACUGGUCAGUGACUGCUUUCUGUGGAGCCGUGUGUGAGUGAGAAAAACAUGGGAGAUUGUACUGUUUGUGUGUGUUGUGUAUGUCCAUUGAAUGUGUUUUCUGUUUCAUUGAGUCUGUGUCAAAUGCUUGACAUCUUUGUAAUAACCACAGACAAAAAGUAUUAAAGUAUUAAAGACUGUU